AUGAGUGCCAAUGGUACUGAUCCAACGACUCUCACAGCGCCAGUAACGGCUACGGCCAGCGAAUCGACAGGCCCCUAUAGCCGCGCUUUCGAGGAACAAUGGACUGGUAACCAAGCUCACCCCCAAACAGACGCCUCACAAGAGCAUGAAUGGGCGGAGGUCAUGACUGCACUGGCUAGGCGGAGGCCCUCACUCGCGCAUUCUAUGUUCUCCCCUGCUAGCUUCAGCAAUUUCCAGGCGCACAAUAUAAGGGCCGGCUACUUGAAUAAAUCUUCUAUAUCGUUAUCUGUGAUCCCGACCCUAAUCGGCCAACAGCAACUCGAUCAGCUCCCCGGCUACGGAGUACUCUUUAAUAAUCUGAAGCCCCUCACCAAGGGCACGAUCCAAGCUAUCAAACCGGAGAUCUAUUACGGCGCUAACCCAAGCGAUCUUGGACCCUCGAUCCGCGAUGAGCUCGCUGGCUAUGUCGUACCGUCGACAGAUACGAGCUAUCCUAUGGCGCCGAAUUUCUUCCUAGAGGUUAAGGGCCCAAACGUAAGCAAGGCCGAGAUCACGCGGCGAGCUUGCCGCCUUGGUGCUAUUGGAUCUCGGGCUAUGCAUAUCCUACGAAAUUACAAGGAAGAUCAGGCUCAAUACGAUGGCAAACCCUACACAUUCAGCUCGACUUAUGUGGCUGGUACCCUGAAUAUUUUCGCCCACCACAUCGCGGCACCUAAGACCCCAGGGGGACGACCCGAGUACCAGAUGACUCUAGUGGGCUCGUGGAAUCUUAUUGGGGAUAUUGACAGUUUCCGCAGUGGGGUCGCUGCGUUCAGGAACGCCAGAGACUUGGCCAAACAGUAUCGUGACCGUUUGGUUGAGGACCUGAAAGCCAGAGUGGCCAGGUGCAGGAACCAAAUGAGUCCAAGAGUCAAGCUGGAGCCGGAAGACUAG